AUGGCGGCCACUCAAACAACCUACCGCGUCCAGGGCAUUCCUGCUAAUGCCUCAUUUGAUGACGUUAAAACAAUAAUUUCCAAGGCUUUUGAUAAAGAUGGAGUCAAAGCUAAUCCUACUAUUCAUUCACUUGCAUCGGAUCCCUACAGUCCAGUCAAUAACGGUACCAAAGUAGCUACGGUCACUUUUGCGCAGACACCGGGAAACCUUAAGAAUCGUGGCGAAGUGACGGCAAUUGUGCCAUGGGGUUACGAGAGUCACCGAAUCUUUGUGGAUUCUUCAUUUCAGGGCUUUACAUCUCUAAAUGAUGCGGAAGAUGACUCUGGUGAUACAAUAGAUAUUAUUGCUGUCAGCGGACUAAGCAGUCAUCCUUUCGGUUCUUGGAAGGAAAGAGGAGGCACAUUCAUGUGGCUGAGAGAUGAGGUUGCAAAAACAGCUAAAAGGGCUCGUGUUCUACUUUAUGGAUAUGAUACAACGCUUGUUAAUAGCGAAUCAUUCCAAGACAUCGGCGACAUUGCUACGAGACUGAGCUCCGACGUCAAUGCGAUACGGGGUGCGCGAUCCGCCCAAGAGGCGUUCGUGCCAACCCCGAUUGUUUUCAUCGCUCAUAGUCUUGGGGGAUUAGUUGUCAAGGAGUAUCCCGAUGAUUUUCUGAGCAUUUACGGUUUAUUAUUUUUUGGAGUUCCAAAUGGCGGCAUUAAGACCGAGUACUGGAUGCCGAUUGUGGAUAGAAUGCCAAACAGGGGCCUCAUAACCAGCCUCGAGCCUGAUGCCUACUAUUUGAGAAAUUUACAGCAUACCCAAACCCCUUUUAACCAAAAUCACUCUGGCCUGCCAAAGUUUAGAAGCAAAUAUGAUGCAAAUUAUAAAGCCAUUGAGCCAUUCUUUACCGAAUGCUACAACGACGCCUUUGAAGUAAUACAGAAGCGAUUCAUUGCUGAAGGUUUGAGUCAUCAUUUACAUUCGCAUUCGAUGGACGAGGGUCUUUGCUAA